UCUUUGAGUUCAACUUUAAUUCGAACUUCUGAACUCACCAGAAAGAAAAGAAAAUCAGGACAAGAAUCUUGCCAGAGCUGACUGAUCGUCCACUGCGGUGAAAUCACUUGUUGCCAGUCAGGUAAAGUUGCGUUCUGGUGCGCACAUGGCACUGGACACGCGCUCCUCAGUCUCCUGACAGCCGCGCACUAUAUGGAGACGCACGCUGGAUAAUAAAGCCUGCUGUACCUGCUUCACAACAAACAUCACCUUUAUAAAAAAAAAAAAAAAAAAAUCUUCGAAAUUUGAAUUUUUUUUUUGGAAGUUUUCAAGAUAAAGCUGGCGCAGGCAUGCUGGGUUUAAACAGGAUUCUAAGCCUCCGGCCAGCGCACAUUCAGAGAUGUUCUUCGCCAGGAGUUAAAGACUCAUCCCGGUCAUCACUGUGCCAAAACCCCGUGGCCAAUUCCAGGAUAUACUGUGCGUGUUUUUUGCUGCUGCUGCUGGUCACCCCGCGGGUGGACUCUUCAUGGUGGUAUAUCGGCGCGCUGGGGGCCCGUGUGAUCUGUGACAACAUCCCGGGUCUCGUAAACAGGCAACGGCAACUGUGCCAGCGCCAUCCAGACAUCAUGCAAGCCAUUGGCGAGGGCACCAAGGAGUGGAUCAGAGAGUGCCAGCACCAGUUCAGGCACCAUCGCUGGAACUGCAGCACGUUGGACCGCGACCACACAGUGUUCGGACGAGUUCUACUGCGCAGCAGUCGGGAAGCAGCAUUUGUCUACGCCAUCUCUUCAGCCGGAGUGGUGUAUGCACUUACUCGCGCAUGCAGCCAGGGGGAACUCAAGACAUGUAACUGUGACCCCCACAAGCGUGGACGGGGUAGCGAUGACAAAGGAGAGUUUGACUGGGGUGGUUGUAGUGACAACAUCAACUACGGGAUAAAGUUCGCCAAAGCUUUCAUAGAUGCCAAAGAGCGGACCGUCCGCGAUGCACGGGCACUCAUGAACCUACACAACAAUCGAUGUGGCAGAACAGCGGUCAAACGGUUUAUGAAGCUGGAGUGUAAAUGUCAUGGGGUGAGUGGAUCGUGCACACUGCGGACAUGUUGGAUGGCUAUGGCAGACUUCAGGAAGACCGGUGACUACUUGAGGAGAAAAUACAACGGUGCGAUUGAAGUCACAAUGAAUCAAGAUGGGACAGGCUUCACUGUAGCCAACAAAGCCUUCAGGAAGGCCACAAAGAAUGACUUGGUCUACUUCGAGAACUCUCCAGAUUACUGCCUACAAGACAAAGCAGCAGGCUCCUUGGGCACGGCUGGUCGCGUCUGCAAUAAGACAUCACGUGGCACUGAUGGCUGCGAGGUGAUGUGCUGUGGGCGGGGCUAUGACACCAUGAGGGUCAAGCGAAUCACCAAGUGCGAGUGCAAAUUCAUAUGGUGCUGCGCGGUGGAGUGUAAGGACUGUGAGGAAGCUGUGGACAUACACACAUGCAAGGCCCCGAAACGAGCUGAAUGGCUGGACCAGACCUGAGGAAGCACCCCUUGCAAUAUGACCCCGCCCCUUCCCUUUGCAGGACAUCCUGUGGAACAUGGCUUUCUGGAAAAGUUUGUCUGAAAGUGCUCUGCAUCGCUGUCGUUCCCUGCUCCCAUCUUGGUUCCUCAUUGCAUGGCUUUUCUACAUUUCUCUGGCGAAAGCACUACAUACAGUACCAGUCAAUAUGAAUAAAUACCAAUUACCCCCAAGCUUGUGAACAACCCUCUGAUCUGGAUGCACCUCUGGGAUUAGCUGACGGACAAUGAAACCAGUAAAAACGAAAUGGUUUGGCUGGAGUUUUAUGAAACAUUCAGCCUAGAGGGUCAUUUUCUCAUGUGUGAUUCUGGGUUAAAAUUGGUUUGCUGCUUCAUGAUGCUUUAAAGACACAUUUCACAUUAACUGAGCCUUCAAACAUACUCAGUAUUAUCCAACAUCAUCAUCAUAUACUCAUAUAAUUUUACUUUGGUAAAAUGCGCUCUCACCUACCGACAGGAAUGCCUGGUUGAACACUGGGAAGGAGUUUGGACAAAUGUGCUUUAAAGC